CGAAGAGCACGACGAGCAUCAACACGGAGAAGAGGGGGACGCGAACGCCGGCAGUGCGAAAGAAAGCGCCUUGUCUGUCUUUCGCUCCUUGCAGAAAGGGUCUUUUCGCAGUGGGAAAGCGGACGCGGAGUAGUUCUUGAUGGGGAGUAUUUAUUGUUUUUUUAUUCCAUUGGUGUUGUCAUAUAUGAAACCUUGUUUUUUCGUAGCGUUUAAGUAACAUGUAAGAUCGCAUCUCAAGUACCAUUUUUAUUUUAACAUUGACCUCAUUUAACAUUGACACGACAGUCACAGUAAUUGAUAGAGUAAAUCGCAAACUCAAGAAAAGACUACGCAGAAAGAUUCUUUCGUGAUCCUACAGAUUCGGGAUCAGCAGUAAAGUUCAUUCAUUACAAACCAAGACGAAUUCUAUGGUUGAUGAUGAAAG